AUGUCGACGCCAUCCUGCGACGCCCAAGCAGCAAACAAGUCGUUCGUUUCGACUGCGUCGCCUCCCGCCAGCCUGGCCUCGCAUCCCCGGAUGGGCUCGCAAUCACCACCCCGGGCCGGGCAGGCGCGGGAAUACCCGCUCAUGACCCGAGACGAAAUCGAGGUGCUGAUCGCCCGCGGCCUCAAGAUCGUCAUCCUCAACCAGCAUGUCCUAAAGGUCGAUGCGUGGCUUCCCUAUCACCCGGGCGGGGACAAGGCCUUGUUGCACAUGGUGGGCAAAGAUGCCACGGAUGAGAUCCAGGCGCUGCAUUCGCAAGAGGCCCAGCAGCGGAUGAUGCGUUAUCGAAUCGGCAGGAUCAGCGGCACGUGGACCAACUUUACGCCGCCGAUCCAAGGAGGUCAGUUCCGGGCGUUUAUAGACGUCGACGACGCCACGUGCGGCGGUGAAUCGGGUGCUGGGCAAGCGACGGAAUCAAGCCCAAGGCCAAGCAGCUCGCGGUCGCGGUCGCGGUCGCGGGAAAUCAGCGGCAGCGACGGGCCGCCACCGCGGAGGCGAAAGCACGGCCAAGAACGAGCUGCCUCCCCGGGGGCGGUGUCGUCGUCGUCGUCGUCGCAGUCAAGCGCGGGGCCCGGCACGAGCGCAAUGGCGUACAUAGACGCCAUCACGCGCGAGAAGAUCAGCCUGGACGCCGAAAAGUAUCCCGCCGUCGACGCGGCCACGCAGCAGGAGAUUGCGGCCAAGUACCGGGCCCUGCACCGGCGGAUAGCCGACGAGGGCCUCUACGAGUGCAGCCGGACCGCCUACGUCUACGAAUGCUGCCGAUACGUCGGCCUGUUCAGCCUGAUGCUCCUGCUCCUCCGAUGCGGGCACUACACGCUGAGCGCCGUGUGCAUGGGGCUGACGUGGCACCAGCUCGUGUUCCUCGCCCACGACGCGGGCCACAUGGGCGUCACGCACAACUACCAGGUGGACACGGUCAUUGGCAUCGUGGUGGCCGACUUUGUCGGCGGGCUGUCGCUGGGCUGGUGGAAGCGGAGCCACAACGUGCACCACAUCGUGACCAACGCGCCGGAGCACGACCCGGACAUUGAGCACAUGCCCCUGUUUGCCGUGUCGCACCGGCUGCUGGGCAGCCUGCGGUCGUCGUACUACGACCGCGUCAUGGAGUACGACGCCGUGGCCAAGGUGAUGCUGCGGAUCCAGCCGUGGACCUACUACCCGCUGCUCGCCCUCGGCCGCUUCAACCUGUACCGCCUGUCGUGGGACUACCUGGCCGCCCGGCGGGGGCCGAGGCGCGGCCCCGGCGCCUGGCACUGGUACCUCGAGCUCGCCGGCCACGUCUUCUUCUGGGCCUGGUUCGGCUACGGCCUCGUGUACCGGGCGCUGCCGAGCAACGGGGCGCGCCUGGCCUUCGUCCUGGUCAGCCACGUGGUGUCGUCGCCGCUGCACGUGCAGAUUGUGCUGUCGCACUUUGCCAUGAGCACGGCGGACCUGGGCCCGCAGGAGUCGUUUGCCCAGCGCAUGCUGCGCACCACCAUGGACGUCGACUGCCCGCCGUGGCUGGACUUUGUGCACGGCGGGCUGCAGUUCCAGGCCGUCCACCACCUGUUCCCGCGCGUGCCGCGGCACAACCUGCGCCGGGCGCAGGGGCUCGUCGUCGACUUUUGCCGCGACGCGGGCAUACCCUACGCCCUGUGCGGCUUCGCCGACGGCAACAGCGCCGUCGUCGGCCGCCUGUCCGAGGUGGCCCGGCAGGCCGCCAUCCUGGCCGAGUGUCAGCGAAGCCUGGCGGGGUGA